CCCCGCGCGCUGAUUGGAUAGAGAGGGGGCUCGACGGUGGCCGACGCGGGACAGUCUGGCGGUGGCAGGGGUCUCGGAAACCAUGGGUUAUUGCAGUGGCAGGUGCACGCUUAUCUUCAUCUGUGGCAUGCAACUGGCUUGUGUGCUGGAGAGGCAGAUAUUCGACUUCCUCGGAUACCAGUGGGCACCGAUCCUCGCCAACUUUGUGCAUAUUAUUAUCGUCAUUCUCGGUUUAUUUGGAACUAUUCAAUAUAGACCUCGUUACAUAACAGGAUACGCGGUCUGGCUGGUCCUCUGGGCUACAUGGAAUGUGUUUGUCAUCUGCUUCUACCUGGAGGCUGGGGACCUCUCAAAGGAAACAGACCUUAUCCUGACUUUCAACAUUUCGAUGCAUCGAUCCUGGUGGAUGGAAAAUGGACCAGGAUGCACCGUGACGUCUGUGACGCCCGCGCCCGACUGGGCCCCAGAGGACCAUCGCUACAUCACGGUCUCAGGAUGCCUGCUGGAGUACCAGUACAUAGAGGUGGCACACAGCUCGCUCCAGCUCCUCCUCGCACUCGCAGGGUUCGUCUACGCCUGUUAUGUUGUGAAAUGCAUAACUGAGGAAGAGGACAGCUUUGACUUCAUAGGUGGCUUUGACUCCUAUGGCUACCAAGGGCCUCAGAAGACAUCACACUUACAGCUGCAGCCAAUGUACAUGUCAAAAUAAAACAGAGGACUUCAGUGCAUCAGCCCACGGACCUCUCAAAGAACUUGCUCCACAGGAGCCUCCUGCAUUUUACAAAAGCAAGAAGCAAGUGAAUUUUAAUAUAGAUACAUAUGACAAGAACACACACAUGGUUUCUACAUACACACGCGCACACACACACACACACACACACACACACUCAUGCACACAUAACAAGCAACACAACACUUCCACUCCAGACCAACAUGGAAGUCACACUCAUCCUGGAUUCCCUGAAAGCAGGCUCCUUUCUCCCAGGCCUUUGAAAGUUGCAAAGGAGAUGAACCAGGGUCCUCGUCUGGCCCUCCUCACUCCUCCACAGCCCAGCUGUCAGCCUCUGUGGACUGGGACAUCAUCCAGGGCUCAUUCCCUGGAGAGCCGUGUUUCUGCACUCUGAGGAUCCCCAUAGCACCAUGGCUACUUAGGCAAUGUAAUUACAAAAGCAAACAGCAAGACCCUGUACCCGACACAAUGGCAGGUUGUUGGCUCCAAAGGCUGUACCGCCCACACUUGCCUUAACCCACCUAUGUUGUGUGCAGACCCCCGAGCCACUUUCUUAGGCUAACACACUGCUAUUUGAUCCAAGUGAGCUCCCAUGUGUGUUUCACAGCCAGGAAGGAGACUGACUGGCUAAGCCGCUCCCGUAUCCACUAAGGAAACUGCCGGCGGUCAGUCACAUGCUUCAUCACAGAGCUUCCGGGUGGCCACAGAGACAAGAACC